CUAGGGCCUGGAGAGCAGUGCGCGCCACACCACCGUGCAGCCGUCCCCAUGCGCGCCCCGAUGGUGCUUGGCACUCAUGCGCUCCAGUGCAGCACCCCGGGCCCGACCCCGGCCCCCUGCCCUGGCACUGACCCCCGCGGGCCCUGAGUCCCUGGUCCACUUUUCCUUCAGCGACGAGGACACCUGUUGGUACCCUCCAGGCAGAUCUGUCAGCUUGGAGGCAGAGAAUGGGCCGACACCAUCGCCAGGCCGCAGCCCCCUGGACUCGCAGGCGAGCCCGGGACUCGUGCUACACGCUGGGGCGGCCGCCAGCCAGCGCCGAGAAUCCUUUCUUUACCGCUCAGACAGCGACUAUGACAUGUCACCCAAGACCAUGUCCCGGAACUCGUCGGUCACCAGCGAGGCGCAUGCAGAGGACCUCAUCGUGACACCGUUCGCCCAGGUGCUGGCCAGUCUCCGGAGCGUUCGCAGCAACUUCUCCCUCCUGACCAAUGUGCCCAUUCCUAGCAACAAGCGGUCCCCACUGGGUGGCCCAACCCCCGUCUGCAAGGCCAUGCUAUCAGAAGAGACGUGUCAGCAGUUGGCCCGGGAGACGCUGGAGGAGCUCGACUGGUGUCUGGAGCAGCUGGAGACCAUGCAGACCUACCGCUCCGUCAGCGAGAUGGCGUCCCACAAGUUCAAGAGGAUGCUAAACCGUGAACUCACACACCUGUCAGAGAUGAGCAGGUCAGGAAACCAGGUAUCUGAGUACAUCUCCACCACAUUCCUAGACAAGCAGAAUGAAGUGGAGAUCCCAUCACCCGCAAUGAAGGAUCGAGAAAAACAGCAAGUGCCACGGCAGAGACCGUCCCAGCAGCCUCCGCCCCCUGGGCCACAGUUCCAGCCCAUGUCUCAGAUCACGGGGGUGAAGAAGCUGAUGCAUAGCAGCAGCCUGAACGAUUCCAGCAUCCCCCGCUUUGGGGUGAAGACCGAUCAAGAGGAACUCCUGGCCCAAGAAUUGGAAAAUCUGAACAAGUGGGGCCUGAACAUCUUUUGCGUGUCGGAUUAUGCGGGGGGCCGUUCCCUCAGCUGCAUCAUGUACACGAUAUUCCAGGAGCGGGACCUGCUGAAGAAGUUCCGCAUCCCCGUGGACACGAUGGUGACAUACAUGCUGACCCUGGAGGACCACUACCACCCCGAUGUUGCCUACCACAACAGCCUGCACGCGGCUGACGUGCUGCAGUCCACCCACGUGCUGCUGGCCACACCUGCGCUGGAUGCCGUAUUCACGGACCUGGAGAUUCUCGCCGCCCUCUUCGCAGCUUCCAUCCACGAUGUGGACCACCCUGGGGUCUCCAACCAAUUCCUCAUCAACACCAAUUCUGAACUGGCGCUCAUGUACAAUGACGAGUCGGUGCUGGAGAAUCACCACCUGGCCGUGGGCUUCAAGCUGCUGCAGGAAGACAACUGUGACAUUUUCCAGAACCUCAGCAAGCGCCAGCGGCAAAGCCUGCGCAAGAUGGUCAUCGACAUGGUGCUGGCCACGGACAUGUCCAAGCACAUGACCCUCCUGGCUGACCUGAAGACCAUGGUGGAGACCAAGAAAGUGACCAGCUCGGGGGUCCUCUUGCUGGAUAACUAUGCCGACCGCAUCCAGGUCCUACGGAACAUGGUGCACUGUGCAGAUCUCAGCAACCCCACCAAGCCGCUGGAGCUGUACCGCCAGUGGACCGACCGCAUCAUGGCCGAGUUCUUCCAGCAGGGCGACCGCGAACGCGAGCGUGGCAUGGAGAUCAGCCCCAUGUGCGACAAGCACACGGCCUCGGUGGAGAAGUCUCAGGUGGGUUUCAUCGACUACAUUGUACACCCGCUGUGGGAGACGUGGGCCGACUUGGUUCACCCAGAUGCCCAGGAGAUCCUGGACACCUUGGAGUACAACCGGGACUGGUACUACAGUGCCAUUCGGCAGAGCCCAUCGCCACCACCCGAGGAGGAGCCCGGGGGACCAGGCCACCCCCCUCCACCGGAUAAGUUCCAGUUUGAGCUGACGCUGGAGGAGGAAGACGAGGAGGAGGUGUCCACUGCCCCAGGUGCAACUGAAGUGCAGGAAUUGUCCACUGCCCAGGAUAUGUUCCCAGCUGAGGAACCGUUGGAGGUCGAUGGCCAGGACCAGUCUACGGAGGUGGAGGCUUUCACCGAUCUUCCCGGCUGAUGUGGCUUCCUUUCCCAUCCUGUUUCUCAAGGUGUGUGUGUCUCUCGCUGUCUGUCUGGGGAGGGGUGGGGAAAAUGAGCGGGCUCUGUCCCUGCCCCUUCCCAAGCAGAUAGAACUUGAAGGGGGUGCAGAUAGUUUGGUGGGAGGCAGCCCCCUGGCCUGGGUCAGGUCCAGGCACAGGGGCUGCAGGUUGUAAAGUGGAGGUUCAGACCACGCGGUUUUUGGAGGCCAGCAGACCCAGGUAAGCCUUGUUUCUCUCACGUGGAGCAUAUCUGACGCAACGCGGGUUCUCCUGGUACCACAAAGUCAUUCCUGGAAAGCUGACUGACCCCCGCCUCCAACAUCUGGUUGCCAGGUCAUGAUAAAAGCUCUUGGAUCAAAUUCUGCCCUGCAGACAUUAAACUUGAUUUAUCAGCACAAGAGAAUUUACAUCUGUGAGUUCCGUGAAUUCUGGCCAUGAUAGUGUUGCAGCCCUCACGCUGCAUUAAAAGAAAACCAAACCAAACAAACAAACUUGACUGUCCUAAAGCCUGUGGACCUUAUGAUGUAUAUCAGGCAAGCUGAAUCCUCCAAGUUCACACAGGACCAGCUUGGGAUUUUAGCUCUGUUUUUCCGACGAGUUCAUACAAGAUCGGGGAGCUAGUGAGUCUCAGAUAUUUUAACCAAUCCACAUAUUUGAGUACUGUUAACUCCACCCCUGGGACCCCAUUUUUCCAACCUUUAUCAGCCUAAUUAACAAGCCCCGAUUUCACCAAUAAAACGUUUCUGCCAUUCGUUAUACUAAUGAGCAAAAGCUUCCCUUGUGAAUAAAGAUAAAGAUGGAGGAAGUGUUUGUGAUGCAGGUUUUCAGAUUAGAAUACGGGCUGCUUCUGGUGUGUGAUAAACAGAGAUACACACGUACACACACAGUCCUUAAGUGGUUAAGCACAGUGGGACCAGCCAGUAUAUAUUCACAGCAUGUGUCUUCUGAAACAAAAUGGUGGCAGCUUGGGACUUCCCUGGUGGUCCAGUGGUUAAGAAUCUGCCUUCCAAUGCAGGAGAUGCGGGUUUGAUCCCUGGUCUGGAAACUAAGAUCCCACAUGCCGUGAGGCAACUAAGCCCGCGUGAUUUAGGGCCCGAGAGCCACAACUAGAGAGGCUGCGUGCCGCAACAAAGAACCUGCACACCACAGCUAAGACACGACGGAGCCAAAUAAAAAAUAUUGAGGGGCUUCCCUGGAGGCGCAGUGGUUGAGAGUCCGCCUGCCGAUGCAGGGGACACGGGUUCGUGCCCCGGUCCUGGAAGAUCCCACAUGCCGCGGAGCGGCUGGGCCCGUGAGCCAUGGCCGCUGAGCCUGCGCGUCCGGAGCCUGUGCUCCGCAACGGGAGAGGCCACAGCAGUGAGAGGCCCGCG